GCGCAGGCGCAGGCUUGACAGGGGAGAAACAUGGCGGCCCCGACGUUUACUGCGAGGUUGUACUCGCUGCUGUUCCGCAGGACCUCCACCUUCGCCCUCACCAUCGCCGUGGGCGCCUUGUUCUUCGAGCGCGCCUUCGAUCAAGGCGCGGAUGCGAUCUACGAACACAUCAACCAGGGGAAGCUAUGGAAACACAUCAAGCACAAGUAUGAGAAUAAGGAGUAGUUCCUUGGACACCCCUACCCACGCUGAAAGGACCAGAUCCACACACCAGCUGUUUGCCCAGAACCAGGGCCUCAGCUUGAAGAUGAUGCUCAGAUUACUCUUCAUCAACCACCUUUAACUGUUGGCAAGAAACAGCUUCACCUGACAGACUCUUUGACUUCUGCCACAUUUGAAGUAUGUUGGAGUCAUCAAUAAAUAAAUGUAAAUUAUCCUGA